AUGAAUUUACGUGAUCGACCAUUAUACCGAGCAGUGGAUACACAACAAGAUAUAUUGCGUGACCACGGUGUUUGUCUGCCGUACAAACAAGCCUGGAUGGGUAAAGAGUUGGCAAGGGAAAUUCUUCAUGGCAGUGAGAUAGCAAGCUAUGAUCUGUUGGCCUAUGCUUUUUUAGAUGGAACUCACUUGUUGGGCAAAUAUGGCGGUAUCCUUUUGGGUGCAACAUCCAAAGAUGGUAAUGAAGGAUUUUUUCAUUUAGCGUUUGCAAUCGUGGAUAAUGAAACUGAUGAUAACUGGAUAUGGUUUACACCAACUUUGGGUGAUGUAAUAUACGGUGAUGACAACUACACCAACAUUAUCACAUUCAUCUCCAAUAGGUCGAAAGGACUUGUGAAUGCUAUUGCAAAGGUUUUUCCUCCUGCCCCGCAUGCUUAUUGCUUGCGACAUCUACAUGCAAAUUUUCUUAAAUCAAAUGGGCAACUAGGAAAGUCAUUAAAGGAUGAGUGCUGGUGUUUGAUUAUAAAGAUUGCAUAUGCUUGCACGUCUUUCGAAUAUGAUGCAGCUGUAGGCUCCCUAUUGGCCACAUUAGGACAAGCACACCAUUGGAUGUUCCAGAAAUUAGACAUGUCACAUUGGUGCAAUUACUUGCUUAGAGGCUAG